AUGCCUAUCAUUCCUCUUUGCGAUAUUCCUGCCCAAUCGAUGGACAAGACGCGCCAAGUGAACGAAGCGGAGCUGAAAACGACUUCCUUCGUUUGGAUUGAACCUGCCGACAACAGUUUGAUCAAGGGCGUAGCUAAGGAUGAGAAAGUCGGAAAGAUUAAGAUUCCCGGAUACGUUUGGUCGAAAGGGAGCCCCUUGAAGCAUGGAGGACAUGUUAGUGGCCUGGUCGGCUUGUGGAUACACGGUGGAGGAUAUAUAACGGGCGAUGGAUCAGAGUAUUUGGAGAAUGUGGCAUCACAAAGAAUACCCAAGAACACAUACAACCAAUCAGCGGUCGAUUACCGCCUAGUGCAUGGAUCCUGUCACCCUGCACAAUUGCUGGAUGCGAUAUCUGCCUAUUCCUACCUGGUCAAUGUUUGCAAUAUUGACCCAUCGAAAAUUAUCGUAUUCGGUGCAUGUGCCGGAGGUCAUCUUGUUAUCUUACUAGCCAGAUAUACCUACGAAGAGAAAGUCCUACCCAUGCCGGCUGCCCUGAUGCCUUGGCUGGAUAUGGUCACCGAUUACGAGCGCGAAGUCGAACACAAGACUGUUAUCCGACCCAAUGAAGACAUAGACCUCCUUUCAACGGCAGCGAUUGCGAAUUUACGAUUCCUUGGACACCAUCCAACUAGCCUGCUUUGGUCAUCGUAUCUCACCUCUAGGCUUCAAAAGAAUCUUAUACUGGCUAUCCCAAAUUUUUCAUUUCGGUGUACAGAAGGAUGCUGUAACGAUUUCUUCGGAAUGGCACUAUCGUCUGAGGUGGCUCGAACUCAGGUUUUGGAGAAAGCGUGGCUCGAUGAGCACGCUGCUACCGCUGAGAACAUGUGA